GCAACCGAUAACCAUAUGUUGGUAGGUGGUGCGGCUUGCAUGUAGCCGAAAAUGGGCAGGGUGCGAGCUACGAUACUGCGGCUUACAUGUAUCCGACCAAAAUCAUCGAUCCGAUGAAAAUAGACGGAACUCCCCCCUGCUGAGCGGCAAGGAUCGGCUCCGUGAUACUACUGCUGGUCGCUUUCACUACGCAAUAAUUGGCCAAUACCUCAUGGCGCAGGCAACAGACAUAACGACCGGGAAAGCAGGAUCAGGUACCAUGCACGUUGCUAUCGUCGGAGCUGGUAUAGGAGGACUGGCUCUAGCGAUCGGACUGUCUAAUCGGGAUGUUUCUUACACCUUGUACGAGUCGGCCGCGCAAUUUAGUGCAGUCGGGGCCGGCGUUGGCCUAGGACCCAACGCGCUACGUGCGAUGGAGUUGAUAGACAGCAGAUUUCGACAAAAGUACAAUCAAAUCUCUUCGGGAAACCUGACACCGAACAAGGAGCAUAUAGCGAUGGAAGUGCUCUACGCCGAAGAUGGGUUUGGUGAAAGACGCGGCUGGCAACCCGCACCAUUUGGGGCCGAAUGUUACACCCGAACUAGUGCCCAUCGGCGCGAUCUUCUAGAAAUUAUGACCAGCCUGAUCCCGCGAGAGCGCGUACAAUUCGGCAAACGGGUCAAGGAAGUCAAACAGACGGAUGAGCAUAGCAAGGUCAUCAUUACCUUUGACGACGGCGAGACUGCGGAGGCUGAUGCGGUUGUUGGAUGUGAUGGCGUGAAGGGACCGACGAGGAAAGCCGUCCUAGGAAGCCUCUAUCCAGAGCAUGUGCAAGCUAUCUAUAGUGGCAAGUAUGUUUACAGAGCGAUCGUUCCAAUGAAAGAUGCCCAGGAGCUACUCGGCGACCACGCCGGGGAUGCGAAAGCAUUCGUCGGCCACGGCCUCAAUAUCAUGACCUUCCCAAUUUCCCGCGGCACCGAGCUUAAUGUGGUUGCGAUCAAGUUGGUGGAUAAACCCUGGACACAUCCACAGUGGACCAAAGAGGUCACUAGGGAAGAGAUGGUGGCCGACAUGGGUGAUGGAAUUGAUCGGCGCAUUGUCAAAUUAUUGGAUUGGGCCAGGCCGGUGCAAUGGUCUCUAUGGCACCACCCUAACACGCCGAUUUAUUACAACGGACAAAUCUGCCUACUCGGCGACUGUGCCCACGGAACUACGCCUCAUCAAGCGGCGGGUGCGGGGCAAUGUCUAGAGGAUGCGCUUAUAAUGUCUCACCUUUUGGGGCUCGCGACGAAUCGUACCGAAAUUACCAGGGCGUUCCAGAUUUAUGACGGGAUCCGGCGACCUCGAGCACAAGCAAUUGUUACGACCAGCCACGAGGCCGGAAAACUCUAUACCUUCACUCAUCCCCAAAUGGGCACGGACUUGGGCAAGAUCGUCGCCAAUCUCAAUGAGCGCUUUCUGUGGAUCUGGGAGCAUGACCUGAACGCGGACGUCGAGCUGGCUCGUCAACGAUUCUUGUUUGGGGAGCAGAACGCUGAAGGUGCACCGGGGCAGUCGAGAUUAUGACUACAUGGUCCCCACUUUUAAUGAUCUUUGGGCUGUUCUUAGUUCCUCAUUUGAAUUCACAUGCUAUUCAAACCCAAAAAGCCAAAAACUGAACCAAAACAAGAAAACAUCAUACACGAUUCGGAAUAAACACAAACGUGAAA